AGCUGGUGCCCGAGCGUCGUCAAUGGGAAGGGAACGCCGCGUUGGAAAAAGCGCACAGUGUUUAGCCAACUUUUAAUUGCACCAUGGUUUGCGCUUCAGUUUCGUGUUUGUGGACUAUAUUUUGCCUUCAUUUAUGUUUUUAUGUGAACACUGGAAUAGCACAGAACACACGAGAGGUGAUCCUGUUGGAUUCAAAGGCGCAGCAGACAGAGCUGGAAUGGAUAUCGUCUCCUCCAAGCGGGUGGGAAGAGAUAAGUGGCUUGGAUGAAAACUACACACCCAUUCGCACAUACCAGGUCUGCCAGGUCAUGGAACCAAAUCAGAACAACUGGCUACGGACUAACUGGAUUGAAAAGGGCGAUGCCCAGAGGAUUUUUGUAGAGCUGAAGUUUACCUUGAGGGAUUGUAACAGCCUUCCAGGGGUGGUUGGCUCUUGCAAGGAGACGUUCAACUUGUACUACCAAGAAACCGACGUGGAGGUGGGGAGGAAUAUAAGGGAAAGUCAGUAUGUGAAAAUUGACACUAUAGCUGCGGACGAGAGUUUUACUCAGGGUGACCUGGGGGAAAGAAAGAUGAAGCUGAACACGGAGGUGCGUAUAAUCGGGCCUCUCUCCCGCAGAGGCUUCUACCUGGCCUUUCAGGAUGUAGGGGCCUGCAUCGCUUUGGUCUCCGUCAAAGUUUAUUACAAGAAGUGUUGGUCGAUUAUUGAGAACCUGGCCACCUUCCCAGAUACAGUGACAGGGUCAGAAUUUUCAUCUCUGGUGGAAGUGGAGGGGACGUGCGUCAGCGACGCCGAAGAGGAGGCUGACAACUCUCCCAAGAUGCAUUGCAGUGCAGAAGGAGAAUGGCUGGUACCCAUUGGGAAAUGUAUAUGCAAAGCCGGAUUUCACCAGAAGGGAGAUGCAUGUGAACCCUGUGGUCGUGGAUUCUACAAGUCUUCAUCUCAGGAUCUUCAGUGUUCCCGGUGUCCCGCACACAGUUAUAACGACAGAGAGGGCUCGUGGAGAUGUGACUGCGAGGACGGCUACUACAGAGCCCUCGCCGAUCCGCCUUCAGUCGCCUGCACUAGGCCACCAUCAGCUCCACAGAACCUGCUUUACAACAUCAACCACACCACCGUGAGCCUGGAGUGGACCCCGCCGGCCGACACAGGCGGCCGCAAUGACGUUACCUACCGGAUUAUAUGCCGCCGCUGCACCUGGGAGCCCGAGGAGUGCUUUCCAUGCGGGAGCAACGUUGCUUAUUUUCCACAGCAGAGUGGAUUAACGGACAACUACGUCACCAUCACCGACCUGUUAGCCCACGCAAACUACACCUUCGAGGUCGAGGCUGUGAACGGCGUGUCCGACCUUAGCCGGACCCAGCGACUGUUUGCUGCCGUCAGCAUCACCACUAGCCAAGCAGCGCCGUCUCAGGUGAGCGAGGUGAUAAAGGAGCGAGUACAGCAACACAGCGUUCAGCUCUCCUGGCAGGAACCAGAGCAGCCCAACGGCGUCAUCACCGAAUAUGAGAUCAAGUACUAUGAGAAAGACCAGAAGGAUCGCAUUUACUCCACGGUGAAGUCAAUGUCCACUUCAGCCACAGUCAAUAAUCUGAAACCCAGCACAGCGUACAUCUUUCAGAUCCGGGCGUUUACAGCUGCCGGGUACGGCACCUUCGGUCCCAGACUAGAGGUCACCACCAAAGAAGAGUCAGCUGGAUCUGGUGAGCAAAGCACCACAGUCAUAUCGAGCGAGCAGAAUCCGGUCAUCAUCAUCGCCGUGGUUGCCGUGGCCGGCACCAUCAUCCUGGUCUUCAUGGUUUUCGGUUUCAUCAUAGGGAGAAGGUACGCUCUCGCGGCCCCCAUUGACUCUCCACUACUACACUGUGGCUACAGUAAGGCAGAUCAGGAAGGAGACGAAGAGCUUUACUUUCAAUUUAAAUUUCCAGGCACCAAAACCUACAUCGACCCUGAAACGUACGAGGACCCGAACCGGGCUGUCCAUCAGUUCGCCAAGGAGCUAGAUGCAUCUUGCAUUAAGAUCGAGCGGGUUAUCGGCGCAGGAGAGUUCGGAGAGGUGUGCAGCGGACGGCUGAAGCUGCCCGGAAAGAGGGACGUCUCCGUGGCUAUUAAAACGCUGAAAGUAGGCUACACUGAGAAACAGAGGCGGGAGUUCCUGUGCGAGGCCAGCAUAAUGGGACAGUUCGAUCAUCCGAAUGUGGUUCAUCUUGAGGGCGUGGUCACCAGAGGAAAACCAGUCAUGAUAAUAAUUGAAUACAUGGAAAACGGCUCAUUAGACGCCUUCCUCAGGAAGCAUGACGGGCAGUUCACCGUCAUCCAGCUGGUGGGAAUACUGCGCGGCAUCGCGGCGGGGAUGAGGUACCUCUCCGACAUGGGCUACGUCCAUCGCGAUCUGGCGGCGCGGAACAUCCUCGUCAACAGCAAUCUCGUAUGUAAAGUGUCCGACUUCGGCCUGUCCAGAGUGAUUGACGACGAUCCCGAGGCUGUCUACACAACGACGGGGGGCAAGAUCCCAGUUCGGUGGACAGCGAUGGAAGCCAUCCAAUACCGUAAAUUCACAUCAGCCAGCGAUGUGUGGAGCUACGGGAUUGUCAUGUGGGAGGUCAUGUCCUAUGGAGAACGGCCUUACUGGGACAUGUCCAACCAGGAUGUCAUAAAGGCUAUAGAGGAGGGAUAUCGUCUUCCAGCCCCCAUGGACUGCCCUCCUGGCCUCCAUCAGCUCAUGCUCGACUGCUGGCAGAAAGACAGAGCUGACCGACCCAAAUUCGACCAGAUCGUUGGCAUCCUCGACAAAAUGAUCCGCAAUCCCAACACUUUAAAAACGCCGAUGUGGACGUGUACACGACCCAUAAGCCCACUGCUAGACCAGAACACUCCAGAUUUCGCCUCUUUCCGACUGGUCAGCGAGUGGUUGGAAGCCAUCAAGAUGGAGCGAUACGUGGACAACUUCACAGCUGCCGGAUACAGCUCUCUGGAAUCCGUCGCUAGAAUGACUAUCGAGGAUGUAAUGAGUUUGGGAAUCUCCUUGGUGGGCCAUCAGAAGAAGAUCAUGAGCAGUAUACAGACUAUGAGAGCCCAGAUGUUUCAUCUUCACGGCACGGGCAUUCAGGUGUAAUGGGCGUGGACGGCCCCUCCCCCCGCCCGCUCCGACCAAUCGGAACUCUCCAGGACAGCACCGCAGAGCGCGUGAACGGUGAUAAUCACAGGAAAAAAACACUAGAAGACAAAUCAACGACAAAGAAAA